CUUCAAAGUCCUCYGAUGCAGAUAAGCAGACGGAAGGUGAGGGGAUUAUCUGGAAAAGUUAGCAAAAAGGAAAAAAAAGGAUGAGGGGAAGGAUUUUCACUUCAAUCGUCUUCAUUGGGAGUGUGUUGACUCUGGUGUGGUUCUUACAGGACAUCAGCAAUGGGGAAAGUAACCAAAACCAGCAGAAGAUGAGAAGCGCACCUGACACCAUUGCUGCUUGUAAAAACUGCGGAGAGAAAAUUAAGCAGGCAUUAGAUGUAUACUCUGAAACCUGGACAAAACAAGACUUCAACUAUGAAAAAUUCAGGUUGGACCUCAGAGUUAACGUCAACGGUUUUGAUGAAGCCGUCAUAACCCAGACGAACACUCCAGUGGGAUCCAGGCUUGUUUAUGACGGUGAGAGGAAGAGGAUUAUGAAUGUGACCCAACAGAUUUACGACUUAUUUCCAAAGGGUCAUCCUUUCUCAAAUAAAAGAUGGGACACAUGUGCUGUCAUCGGGAAUGGUGGGAUCGUUGCAGACAGCAGUUGUGGAAAAAUGAUAAAUUCAGCUGAUUUUGUCAUCAGGUGUAACCUGCCUCCUUUGUCAAACGGAUAUGAGAAAGACGUUGGAACCAAGACAAACCUUGUAACAGCAAACCCAACCAUUCUCUUAAGGAAGUUUGAGUCUCUAGUGGGACGUCGACGUCCACUAAUGAAAAAGCUGAGUAGCUACGGCAACUCGAUGCUGCUCCUCCCUGCCUUCUCGUUUGGCAUGAAUACAGCUGUUUGCAUGCGAACUCUUUACACCAUUCAGGACUUUGACUCUGCCAUCCAACCUGCCUUCAUCAACCCUGAAUACCUCAUUAAACUCUCCAAAUUCUGGCGCGCACACGGGCUGAAAGAAGCACGGCUCAGCACCAGAGUCAUGAUGGCAAGCCUGGCACUGGAGCUUUGUGACAACGUGCAUCUUUAUGGAUUCUGGCCAUUUGGUAUUCAUCCAUUCAACUUCAAAAACUUGACUAACCACUAUUAUGACGACGUCAAAGCAAAUACCUAUUUUCACUCCAUGCCGGUAGAGUUCAGCAUACUCCUCCAGUUACACAAAAAUGGUGUGCUACGCCUACACCUUGGGGACUGUCGAUAAGAUCAUAUCCAGUCCAUCAACCCAUAAAGGAGAACAAGUUCUUGUUUUGUAAUGACAGGGUGACAAUGACUGAGAUGCUUAGUCCUGUUGAGAGAAAGGGAUUGAAUAUGUCAAAGGUAUCUGGGAACUGUCUUCUCUAGGCAGGUAUUUCAACUAUAACACACUGUCAAUUCAAAUAUUUAUAUUUAUUAUUGUAAAUGACAAAAACUGCAUUGAAUCAAACUGACCACUAUUGAGAAAAAAGGGUAAAUAGUCACUUGUAUACACAAUGGCAGGAAUCAGGUUUUUUGGUUGUAUCAGAAUGGUAUUGAGUCUUAUAUUUAUUUGGGGAAAUAUUGCAUUUAUGUUGCAAUCCACAAAAUAAAAAUCACUUUUACUGGUUA